AAAUUCUAAUCUAACCUAAUAGACAUAAAGAGUUUUUUAAGUAGCUCAGUGGUUAUUUAUAAAUGGGAACAAAACGCCAAUAAACACUGAGUAAAUACAUAUUAUACGCAUAACAUAUUAAUAAAUUUACUAAGGGAAACGUUACGGGAAUUGUGAUGCAAGGAGUAGGCACUGCGACGACGGAUUUUACACAGCCGCAACCACAUCAUCUGCAGCAGCAACCGCUACAAACACAAACACGACGGAAGCAGCAAGUGCCCAUGAAUAAUGUAAAUGAUUGGAGGCCAUUCGUUUACGGUGGACUAGCGUCAAUAACAGCGGAAUUUGGUACUUUUCCGAUUGACACCACGAAAACGCGCCUCCAAAUUCAAGGUCAAAAAAUUGAUCAAACAUUCUCGCAGCUAAGAUAUCGUGGCAUGACCGAUGCCUUUAUAAAAAUUUCACAAGAAGAGGGCCUUCGUGCCCUCUACUCAGGCAUCUGGCCUGCCGUGCUGCGUCAAGCUACCUACGGCACCAUCAAAUUCGGCACUUAUUAUACGCUCAAAAAAUACGCGCAUAACUACGGUUUACUUGUGGAUCAUGAAACCGGUGCCGAACGUGUGUGGGCGAAUAUUUUGUGUGCGGCGACGGCGGGUGCUGUCUCCUCGGCCAUAGCCAAUCCGACUGAUGUGUUGAAAGUGCGUAUGCAGGUGCAGGGCAAAGCGGCGCAUCAACAUGGCUUGUUAGGAUCAUUCCUGGAAAUCUACCGUUAUGAGGGUGUUCGCGGGCUAUGGCGCGGUGUUGGGCCAACAGCGCAGCGCGCUGUCGUUAUUGCCUCGGUGGAGUUGCCUGUUUAUGAUUUUUGUAAAAUGCAAUUGAUGACUGCAUUUGGCGAUCAUGUGGCGAAUCAUUUUGUCUCCAGCUUUAUAGCCAGUUUGGGCAGCGCCAUCGCCUCCACGCCAAUCGAUGUGAUAAGGGUAUAAACAAUUGUUUACAUAAUUUUUCGACACU